AUGGCAUCCAUCUUCACGAAUAGUCUACCAAAUGCGAAUGGAAUGUCGAAUCCGUCAAAGCCAGCAUCGGUAUUAUGGACGCACCCCGACCCGGACUCGACUCGCAUGAGCGAAUUCAUGCGUGAAGUCAACCAGAAGCACCGACUUGAGCUGAGGAGCUAUGUGGAUUUGUAUGAGUGGUCCAUUGGGAAUAUCCCAGAGUUCUGGGGAGACGUAUGGGACUUUACCGGUGUCGUCGCGGAGAAGUCUUAUGAUGAGAUUCUGCCCCAAGACGCGCCGAUAUUCCCAAGACCAGAAUUUUUCGCUGCAUCUCGAUUAAACUUUGCCGAGAACCUGCUUUACCCUGCCAAUCUCGUGAUCGAUGAGCGCUCCCCAGCUAUCAUCGAAGCAACAGAGAGUAGCCAUGCCUCCAUUACCUGGGCGGAACUCAGGGAGAGAGUUCGACGAUGCGCCCAUGCCCUCAGAUCUCAUGGCGUUGUGGAGUCUGACCGAGUCGCUGGAUUCCUGGGCAACCACGCCAAUGCUGUUGUUGCCAUGUUAGCCGCGGCGUCCAUCGGGGCCAUCUGGACCGGAGUCAGUCCCGAGACGGGUGUGACGGCUGUUCUGGAGAGGCUGGUUCAGAUUGAGCCGAAAGUGCUGUUUGUGGACAAUGCGGUUGGCUAUAACGACAAAGUGCAUGGGAGUUAUGAUAAGGUCAAGGGCAUUUUGGCUGGACUCACGGGAUUGAAGGCUUGUGUUAUGUUUGAGACCGUCAAAGGCUUUGAUAUGAAGACCGAUGAUUUGAGCUUGCCCGAUGGUCAAGUAUACAAGUACCGAGACUUUGUCAACAGCGUCGAGGACCUCGCUGCCCCCCUCCAGUUUGCACAGCUACCCCCCUCGCACCCCCUCUAUAUUUUGUACUCCAGUGGCACUACUGGCGCGCCGAAAUGCAUCGUCCACUCGGCAGCUGGAACCCUCAUCCAACAUAAAAAGGAGCACAUCCUCCACUGCGACAUCCGUCCAGGGGACCGCAUGCUCUACUUCACUACCACCACCUGGAUGAUGUGGCACUGGCUCGUCUCUGCCCUCGCCUCAGGCUGUACCAUCAUCCUAUACGAUGGGUCCCCGUUUCACCCCCACGGUAAUCUCUCCAUGCCGCGUCUAAUACAAGACUUGAAAAUCUCGCACUUUGGAACAUCAGCAAAAUACCUCUCUAUCCUCGAACAGAAGGGAGUCAAGCCGAUGGAAAUACUGGAUCUGAGUUCCUUAAAGGCCAUCUACUCGACUGGCUCCCCGCUUGCGCCAUCAACCUUCAAGUAUGUGUAUGAAGCAUUCCCACCUACAAUAAACCUCGGGUCCAUCACAGGCGGCACCGACAUCAUCUCUCUCUUCGGCGCACCGUGUCCCCUCCUCCCCGUCUACCCAGGUGAAAUCCAAUGCGCAGGCCUAGGCAUGGCCAUCGCAGCCUGGUCACCGGACGGCAAACCCAUCCCCGACGGCGAGGAAGGCGACCUCGUGUGCACCAGCCCCUUUCCCAGCCAGCCCGUCACCUUCUUCCACCUCUCCUCCCCGACCCAGGGCCAGAGCAAGUACCGCGCCGCCUACUUCGAGCAGUUCACUGGCGUGUGGCACCACGGCGACUUCGUGCGUUUCGAGUGCGGCACCCGCGGGCUAACCAUGCUCGGACGCAGCGACGGCAUUCUGAAGCCGGGUGGCGUGCGCUUCGGCAGCGCCGAGAUCUACAACGUGCUGCUGAAGCAUUUCCCCCAGGCGAUCAGCGACGCAAUCUGCGUGGGCCGCCGACGGGAGUCGGACACGGACGAGACCGUCGUUCUGUUCGUCAAGAUGUCUGCAGGGCAGUCGUGCAGUGCAGAGCUGAAGAGCGAGAUCAGGGCGCUGGUAAGGCGGGAGCUGAGCGCGCGCCACGUGCCAGCUGUCAUUGACGAGUGCUUCGAUAUUCCUGUUACCGGGAACGGGAAGAAGGUUGAGAUUGCAGUCAAGCAGAUCCUCUGCGGCUUGAAUGUCAAGGUCGGCGCUAGCGUCGCUAAUAAGGCGUGUCUGGAUUGGUACGCCCAGUGGGCGGCAACUCAUUAA